CUAUGAGAAACAAGCUAUUGCAGAGUUUUAGACGAAAGAAGGGACCACAGUUUUUCUCUUGAAGUUGUAUAAGAGAUAUAUUUGAGUAGAGUCUUACUGGAGUUGGAGUGUGUGUGGUUCCAGGAGAGACGAGAGCAUCCACUGAGGAAGAAAUAAGAAUGGAAGAGAUGGGCUUGGGAAAAGUUUAAGAUUGUCAGGGCUGUGUGACUGAUGGACUCAGGCUCAUAUUGAAGACUCACCAUGUGCCAGGCACUGGUCUAAAAACUCUUGAUAUACAUCUUAAUGGAUCCUAAUACUGCCAUGAGGUAAAAAAUACUAUCCUCAUGAACAGAUGAAACAAGGAAGCUUUCAGUGGUUUAGUAAACAGAUAGAUGGUGUGCAGCUUGUAAGCUGCAGAGGCAGGAUUCAAUUCCUGGUCUGUUUCACUCAAAAGCCUUGAUCUUAACCACCAUGCAGGACCGCCUCCCCAUAGCUGGGAUUGGGGAGGUGGAGGGGUCUAGGAUCACUUUCCGGUUUCUCACAUAGGUAACCGGGGAAACUGAGAUAGACAACACAGGAAGAGAAACAAGUUGUGGGGAGGAUGGAUUCCACUUUGGACUGUAGUUUGUGCUGUCAGAAAGUGCCAGUUUAGGGGGCUCUACAUGAGGAACAUCAAUCUGUCUCUCUGCGGCCUUACUCCCUCCUCCUGAGCUAUAGUGGGGGCAUUGCAGCACUCAGCUUUCUGUGUUCUGACUCCCCUUUUCUGCUGUCCAGCAAAGGUAAAAAGGCUCUCCUAAGAGAAGGCCCCAAAUCUGGAAGACACCUUGCAGACUGACAAGGCUGAGUGAUCUGUGGAAGUCAAGGGCGAGGGCUAGCAGGUUCCAGGGAGCUAGCUCUUUGAUUCUGAUGAAAGGGAAGAUGUUGAUGAAAGAGAUAGGAGUGUGGCCCUUUCCCCAGCAUGACAAACCACUCAGAGACCAACCAACAGUAAGAAACGGAUCACGUCAGGCUCUGGCAUCCACAGCUUUUCAUGUUCAGGUUAUGCUUUCAAAUCCAACCUGCCAAGUUUGAGGCUUCAGAGUCAGCAUGCAGAGAUUUUCAGUAGUGCUCAAACUCUGACAGGGCCUGAGGUCACAGGUGAGGGCUGUGGGUGUGACAGGAGUAAGGCUGAUAGGGACUGUGGGGAGUCCACAGGGAGGUCUUUGAUUCUCAGCCCAGCACUUUGGUGGGAGGCCCCUGAGUACAUGCCCUCCUGGGCUCCCGUGAGUGGGAUGACAAAGUGGUGAACGCUCUGUUCUCUGAGGGUCAGGAAUAAGAAGUACUUUGUUCCUCAGAAACAUAACAGUGCUUUCCUAUUCACCUUGCCACGAGAGCACAGGCUAUGGAACAGAGAAAACAUCAAAGAAAGCCCAGGCACUUAGGAACUUUUGGCAAGGAGAUUGGAAGUAAGUGUUCCAAUGACACUGUAGAGGAGGAGACCAGAUAGUAAUGCCUCUUUCCUCCCACCCAUCCAACCCUCUUACCACAGGGGCUCAUCAAAUUCAGGGGACAUUCCCUCCUCCCAGACUGAUUUUUACCUAGAAACCUUUCUAGCCUCUCCCCAUCUCUUGACCGUCUUGGCCUCGGCAAGAAGAAUACACGUCCCUACCCAGCUAUCUUCAGCUCCUGUCCUUCCUCCCAGCUGCCAGAGAAUUGUCAGGUCAGCCUGCUCCUUCUUUCUUCUCUGCAUUUUUUACUAGCAGGAGUGCCAGGGGCCGAAGGAUAAUUGGGAAGAGUCUCUCACCCAAGGACAAGUUAGAGCUCUUAUUCUGCAAAUGCAGCUCACAGACUCUGCAGAGGCCGAGAUUCUGUGGUGGACGAGGGGAGCAGGGGUGGCUGAAGGUGGCUGGUUGUCUGGGUGGCCUUGGGCAAGCCUCUCCUCUUUCUGGGUCAUGAGAACUUGGUUAUGGGUGAGAUGAUCUCUAAAGUACUGUUGGGUUGGGAAUGCUGGAGGCUCUGGGAUGCGGCAGACAGCCACUUCAGGCCCACUGCUGCCCCCAACCACCUUAACUCUACCAGCAGGAGGAAUGGCACCAGCUGUGACCCGGCUCCUUUUCCUCCAGCUUGUUCUAGGGCCAACUCUGGUCGUGGACAUCAAGAUGCAGAUUGGCAGCAGGAACUUCUAUACCUUAAGCAUUGACUAUCCCAGGGUUACCUACCCAAAGGGUUUCCGGGGCUAUUGUAAUGGUCUGAUGUCCUAUAUGCGGGGCACGAUGCAAAAUUCAGAUUGCCCAGAGAUCCAUUAUGUGAUACAUGCCCCUUGGAAGGCCAUCCAGAAGUUCUGCAAGUAUAGUGACAGCUUCUGUGAGAAUUACAAUGAAUACUGCACACUCACCCAGGAUUCCUUCCCCAUCACGGUCUGCUCCCUGAGCCACCAACAGCCACCCACUAGCUGCUACUACAAUAGCACCCUAACCAACCAGAAGCUCUACCUACUUUGCUCCCGCAGGUAUGAAGCUGAUCCAAUAGGUAUCGCUGGUCUGUAUUCAGGAAUUUAAUUCCUGAGCCACUCCCCAACCUCUACCACCACAGGCCAGCCUGUCUCCAUUUCCAACACUCUGAUCCCUGUAACAAGACUUCCUUCCUGACUUCUGAGGCAGGCAGGGUCCCCUCCCAAGAGACCACGUGGGUGCGAAAAUGUCCAGGGCUUUGAUCACCAUGCAAAGUGGUGCUAUCUUCUAGGUUCUUUCCAGCUUGUUUACCUCCUCUUCACACCCACUUCCUCAUCAUCCUCUCUCUCCCAGAGACAGUAAAACCCACCCAAGAAGUUGACUGUGUCCAGUUGGCAGUGACUGUCCACCCACUGGGCCAGAUCCUAAGUCCUGGAUAGAGGCCCAGGGCCUCAACUCACACCAUGGCAACAGGCACCAGCUCCGAGUCUCACCUCCCCAUCCCCACCACCCUUCUCAUCUCAGCCUCCCCCAGUUCCCUUAUAAUUCCCUCCACUCCCCCACCUACUCAGGGGAUAUGGCUAGCUAUAGGAACCUCCCUGAGGCCCUCAGACUCACGUUAGCCUCAUUUCCCCACAACCCCCAGUUUCCAGCCUGCUUCUCUCUGUGAAAUCAUUGUUUCUCCCUUCAUAUAACUGUCCUCUCCUCCUUCCUCUUACCAUGGAGCCUAGGACUGUCUCCCCCACACUCCCAACAACCUUAGUCACCCUGCCUUCCUUUUUCCAACAUCUUUUUCUUCCAGUCUUCUUACCUUGGCUCACUGGCAUUUCAAGGUAUCUUCUCUCACCCAUUCCCCAGAGGUUCCUGCUUCCCUUCUCUUCCAGAAGCUCCUCCCAAAU